GCGUGCACAGUCGUGUUCCGGUGGAGGACUCAGUAAUAAUAAAUCCACGAGGUAUGACAACCGACGUGAGCUCAUCGGAUGCACACUGGAUCAGAACCAGCUGACAGGAUGAGCUGAAACAUUACGCGCCAGAGGGGUGCCAAGGGCAAGAGUCUCCACACUGACCUCCCGUGGAAGUAAUCCUUCCGUUAUUCCGAUCGCCUUGGCGGAGGUCAAUGAAGAAUGUAAGCGUGCGUGGAUCUCUCCAAGCGGACUGCAUGAAGCCCUCGGCGGUGUCAUGCGUCUUGCCCCGCAGCCAAGCGCGCAACCGCUGCGGCUCGUCGUUGUGCUCCUGGUCUCCACGGGGGUGAUCGCGUCCCCGCUGCUGUCGUCGGGCUGCCCGGACCGGUGCGUGUGUGACGACCAGCUGGUAGUCCAAUGCGCCGGGCAGCACCUGACAAGCUUCCCCGUGGACUUGCCGCUGGCCACUCGGCAGCUCAUCAUCUCCAACAACCGCAUCGUGGAGCUUCCACCUCUCGCCCUCAACUACCUCUCGGAUCUGGUCUACUUGGACUGCAGCAACAAUUCCUUGACUGAGAUCUCCCAGUCAACGUUUGGGAAUUUAAGGAAGCUGGCCUACCUUGACCUUUCCUUCAACACCCUCACCCGGAUAGAGGACAGGACCUUCGGCCCCCUGGCGAGCUUGAUCAUGCUGAGGAUGACUGACAACCCGGAGCUGUCUGAGAUCCACCCGGACGCCUUUGCGGAGAACCCGGCUUUGCAGGUUCUGGAUGUGAGCCGGAACAAUUUGACGGUCUUGAACAUCAGCUCACUUAUCUCGCUGCCUGCCCUGCGCUCCAUCGGCCUCAGUGGGAACCCUUGGAGCUGUGAGUGCAUUAUCGAGGAGCUCUGCCUGUGGGUCCAUCUGGAGGGAUUCAAGUUUCAAGAUGAGGGUCAGACCGUGUGCGGUUCCCCGGACGAGCUUCAGGGCCAUCGUCUUGGCGAGGCGGGAAUCCAACUACGGACGUUGUGUCACCACACGUUGGGUUCCUGGGACUACCUUUUCUUCGUCAUCAUCGGCUUUGUCAUCUUCGCCGCCGGCACCGUGUCGGCCUGGUUCAUGGGGGUCAUCAUGGUGCUCUACGAGCGCUACAUCAAGAAGAAAGAUGAGCAGCUGGAGAUGGACGAAGAGGAGGAAGCGGACACGGGCCGGACCACACGUACCAGGAGUGACCAUGAUGAUGCUUUGUUAAAACACUCUUGACCUCACUUUGGAUCGUCACUGUGCUUCCUGUCCAAUCCCACGACUUCCUGGAUUCAUCAGAGAGGAGGACCCAACUUGGAUCUUAGUCACAGUGACCAUGCUUGCACGAUUGUUGACGAUUGGGUUGGGAAGUGUUCUGCCUGAAUGACAAGGAAGAUAUGAAUCAAGGUCCCUUCAAGCAGGCAUGCCCAUAAGUGAGUACUUAAGGUGCAGCCAUUGUGAGAAAACUGAUACUUAUGGUUACCUACCUCGCAAACACUGCCAGAUCUAUCAACGUACAGAAGUCUAUUCAUUUCCUUCAUCGUACUUAUAUAGGUACUUAUGUACCGCAUAAGGCUUAUUACUGGAUUUCUAUAAAACUUUUUGUACCUUCUACACGCCCAAACACUGCAUGCGUGUUACCUAACAGUACGGUCAAGGGUACAAAGCAGCACUUUUUAAUGGUACCACCACACCAGUGACACAACCAUUGUGUGCUAGGAAAGCUUAGUACAAUCAUGUACUUAACUAUGAAUCAGACGACCAAAUCUAAUAGUAAGCAAUGUUCCAUUAAAAGCCAUUUCUAUUGUGGGAGACACGUUCAUUUUUACUUAAGCAAAUAAUAUUUGUGUAUUUAAACAUAAAAGAUGUACCUGCUGCUCAGUCCCAACAACAAUAGCAGUCAUUAAUAUAUUUUCUAAACUCAACAAACAGACCAAAGGUAGUCAUUUUUUAAUUAUAAUACGAGCAAACAUCCUUUUAUCAUAAUGUAAUAAAUGGUUACGCAUACACUCCACUGACAUUCUGUCUGUUGUGCCGCUUCCUUGUUGACAUUAACAAGAAGAUACUAAAGAUAAAAACUACAUUUCAAAACCAGUCUAUGCUCCAAAAAAACAUAUUUUUAUGAUCAUAUUUAGAUGUAAUGGGCUCUAUCAAUCAUCCUAUUGAACCCAUACACCGUAGCAGCGUGUAAAUAACUCCUCCAUGCUAAGGCGAGGUAAGCAAUGCAUUCAUAAAUCAAUAUUUAUAACGUGUCUUUUCCACAUAUGAUGGCGUCGAAGGGCUACAUUGGGAGGUGUGAAGGAGCGUAGAAGCUGUGGAAGGACAUACCUGUACAUCAUUCCAUGUUUGCGGUGUAACCGUCUUCUGCACCAAUAAGCCUUUGGAGAGACGACAAGCUAGAAAGAAACAGGGCUAUUCAACAACUUUGAUAUUUAAUUGGUUGCACUUUGUGGAUGACUGUUAUGAUAUGAUAAAGAACAAAUAACAUGGACAACAUUUGGGUUAGUACACCUGAAUCUUAUUGUUUUUAUAUUUUGAUCUAUACUAUGCGUCCAACUUUGCGGUGUUCUUGCAUCAUGGAUUCACCAUCCAUCCAUUCAUCCAUUUUCUUCCACUUAUCUGGGUUGCGGGGACAGGAGUCUAACUCGGGAACACUUCCUGGUCUCCGACUACCUCUUCCAGCUCCAGGAAUGGGACACUGACGCAGUCCCAGGCUAGAUGAGAAACCCUACAGAGUGUUCCUUCUGGGCAUGCCCAGAACAUCUCAACAGGGAGGCGUCCAGGAGUGCAUCCGGACUACAUCCUCGAACCAACUCCUCUUGAUGCGAAGGAGCUUGGAUGCCUGGAUGACCUAUGACCUUACUUUUUUGGUCACUAUCCAAAGCUCAUGACCAUCGACUGGUAAAUUGAGAGUUUUACCUUCUGGUUCACCUCGAUCUUUACCAUCGAUCUCAUAUUCGUGAUCCCAAGAUACUUUAACCCCUCCACCUGGGGCAAGACCUCCCAAACCCAAGGGUUCAAUCCAUUCUUUUCUGACUGAGAUCUCAGAUUUGGAAAUGCAGAGUCCAAUUCACACUCAGCUGCAAAUCUCCCCAGAAGAUCAGAGCUUGAUGAGACCAUCAGGACCACAUCAUGUCCAAAUAGCAGAGACGAGAUCCUAAGGUUCGCAAAACUGACACCCCAAUGCCUUGGCCGUACCAAGAAAUUCUGUCAAUGAAAACUAUGACCAGAAUCCAUGAUCUUUGACGGAGGUCAACAUUCACUGUGAACAGGCUUGACUUACUGCUGACCAAAGGAACCAGGUUUCGCGUUGGGGCAGUAAAAGGAGCGGCGUACCGUACCCACUCUUGUGAGCCAUUGUAUGGUUUACAUUUGUUCAAACCUAAUAUAAUAACAAACAAUACUUAACGACGUAGCCGUCGGUGAUUAAGUGGCACUGUAAGCGGACCCCGGCUUUGACCUCUUGCAGAUACACGGUGACUUUGCUCUCCAGUUUCAGCUCUGGUGUCAGACUUACUGGCGCUGAGCUGCAGCACACCAUAGGACCCUUCCUGGAACACAGUCAGCAGCAUUCAGUAUAAAUAACUCAGGAAUGAAUGUGUGUGUUUGCGUCUCAUUCUAAACAAUAUACACACCUAUCUAUGCAUGCAACAAGAAAUAUUGUCACUGAAACUGGAUACCUAACGAGAAGGCUGUGCUUUGCUGGCUUUUUGCAUGGGUUCCGUCUGUUUAUACAAAUACACUAUCUUCAUUAUGUCUACAUGUAAAUCCACCAGGGAGGGAGGGACCUAGUAAUAAAAAGGUCACGAUUUGUGCAAUACUUUUUAAAAAAUAAAUAUGUACAUACAAUGUUGUGCUGGUUUAUUCGUCUCUAGUUAACCACAUUUUGUCCAUAGUUGACUCAUAAUUAAUCGCGGAUAAAAAAUAAGUUGUUAUCCUUGAUAAGUAUACCAUUGAAAGAUCAUUUUAAAGUUUGAAAGUUUUUAAUACACCCAUCACAAGACUGGGUAAUAUGUUUCCUCUGUACAUUUUUUGUUGUUUAUGAAACAUUCUGUUGUUUUUAAACAGCUCAACACUAAAUGGACCUCAAUGUAUAAAAAAAUAACAAUAUACAACAAGUAGACAGUAGUAAAGUAAACUGUCCAUCACUCAAAUAUUCUCUUCAAGCAAAUAAUCUCACAAAUACUGUAUUGUGACUAAUAUUAAUUACAAAUAAAGGUUUACAAAAAUACCCAAAAGCUAAGUGAAAUGGAAACAGGGUGUCAGAAAAAAAGGGUUCAAAAGCAGUCAGUAGACACGUACACACAAAAUCCAUACACUUUUCUUUGUCUGGUGACUUUAACAAUGUUUUCUUUUGAUCGUGACUGCAAAAUAACCCAAAACGGAGCCAAGUGUAAGUGCUUUGUUUAACAAAGAAGGUGAGAAAUAUAAAAUAACUAAUUGCAAAAUGCAGGUAAUUAAUGCACGCAAUGGUGCACACAAUGGGACACACCAAUUAAAACGCUGUAAAUGUAAAUGGUGUGUUCAUUCAUUCAUUCAUUUUCUACCGCUUUUCCUCACGAGGGUCACGGGGGUGCUGGAGCCUAUCCCAGCUGUCUUUGGGCGAGAGGCGGGGUACACCCUGGACUGGUCGCCAGUCAAUCACAGGGCACAUAUAGACAAACAACCAUUCACACUCACAUUCAUACCUAUGGACAAUUUGGAGUCGCCAAUUAACCUAGCAUGUUUUUGGAAUGUUGGAGGAAACCGGAGUACCCGGAGAAAACCCACGCAUGCACAGGGAGAACAUACAAACUCCACACAGAGAUGGCCGAGGGUGGAAUUGAACACUGGUCUUCUAGCUGUGAGGUCUACGCGCUAACCACUCGACCGUGCCGCUAAAUGGAGUGUUGUUGACAGUUUUUAGUGUCAAAAGGCUUUAUAGGCGGAAUAGGUGCAUCCCAUUACGUGCAUUCUUAACUGCCUUGUUUUAUCUCUUUUUAUAUCUUUAGAAUGCACAGAAAAGAGAAAGUCCUGCGUUCAUGUCUCACAUACCUAUUGCGGAUGAUGGGUAAAAUUUAAACACCACAAGAUUCCCAUCAAAUUUCUACAUUAACUGAAAAACACGCCAACCGAGGAGUACAAUACAAUACAGUACAAUACAAUUCUAAAGCGCUGCAACCACAAUAGGAAACACAUUGUCCCUGAUGCGCUUUAUAAAUUACGUUUCCACUAUAUAUUUAUAUAUAGCCUGUGUAUUCUAUUUUAUUAAUGUGUUCAAUGAGUGUACCAUACAUAUCUUCUCCAGCCAUGUAUGCAAACGGUAUAACGGUCAUAAUGUGCGUUAGCCAUGCAUCCAUUUGACUACGGUCGCAUCAGUGAAUAGCCACCCAAACGCUGAAUGCAAUUGGAUAUGGAAAUUUCCCACCCGAGGCUAUUUACGCUGCUUUACACUUAUGUAUAGUCCCACAUUUGCUCACUGAUGAUGUGACAUCAACUUUGAGCAUCUCUAACUGACCAUAGCAUUUCAUUUCUUUACACACACACACACACACACACACGAAUAGGAAGAAAAUCCUUCUCAUCACCAAGCAGCCGAAUGACUUACACAUUUAGACAUGAGGGAUGAGGAAGUGGAUGCCUGCAUUCCACUUUUAAAGAAUAAGUCACUUAUAAUCACUGCCACAAAGACAUGACAGCACCAAAUUACCAUGAGAACAAGUUAUAUAAAAUGCUUAUGCAGUGGCAAACUUGCAAGCUAUUUCCACUAAAGAAGUCUUGCACAUUUCUAGACGAGGCUUGGGGUUUAUUACUAGUUAUUGAAAUGAUUCAGGACAUCAUAUAAUAUUAUGAGUCGCUGUCGUGAUGAUUGAUGGACAGUCAGGAAGCCGCUUGGCAGAGUCGAGGAUGCUGCUGAUGCUUUUCCAUAUCCGCACACAGGCUCAGGGGGCCUUCCAGCUUUGACCACUGAAAGGUCAUUUGAGAGGAUGUGGUGUGUUCUUCUAUGCACGCACAAACACACACACAGACACACACACAUGCAUACUGACUUGUAGGCUACACAAUGAUACACAAUGGAGAGGAAGCAAUGUGUUGAGCUGUGUUUUCACUGUGAUGCUGAUCCAAUAGAGAGCAUCUGCACAAGUGUGAUAAUAAAAAUCCAUAAGCUGCAACUCAAAGGGGACCAAAACAGAGCUGUGGGCUCUACAAAUUGUAUUCCUAUUCAAAGUACUGCCGUGCCUGAAAUGGUCCUAUAAAAAUAUAUUUUUGCUCACUUCAUCCCCUCUUAUCACCAGCUUCUAUCUUUAGAUUUAUAUUUAGCUCUCCGCGGGCUUUGUUGAUUUUUCCUAAAGAUAUUUUUGGCCAUAACUCCUGUUGUUUUUGUUGCUCCAUCUCUAUUUCUGUCUUUUUAAAUACAUUAUUUUGAGAAGCAUGAUUGUGCACUUUUUUAAUAAACAGCCAGAUGAGCAGAGGGCUGUGACUCUGAUGUCAGCGGCUGGCUAAGCCAGCUUAAAAAAAGACUGGAAAUGGACGA